GACAUUAACUGUUACUUCCGACAACUUCUCACUCUCUCUCACUCACACACACAACAACUCUCUUCUCCUUCUCCUUCUGGUGUUCGAAGAAACCCUAAUUCUCGUUCUUGGUCAGUCUCCUUUCUUCUCCGGCUAGUAGAGUUAAAUUUUAAUUAAAAAAAAAUGACAAGCUCCGACCCGAAACCCGGACCUAAACCCGGACCACCGCCUCCAGCCCCAGAAUCCCCCGCAUUGCCACCCUCUACUUGGGCCAAACGAACCGGAUUCCGUCCCAAAUUCUCCGGCGAGACUACCGCCUCCGAUUCCGGCCAACUCUCAUUGCCUGCAGCCACACAAUCAGAAUCCCAGCCGGAUCUCGAAGCUGGCCAGCCUCGCCUCCUCCGUCCCCCUCCUGUCUCCGCCGCAGCCAACGGUGCGACGGAUAAGGAUAAGAAUGACAAACCACCGCCUCCGCCGCCACCACCACCACAGCGACAACAACCUCCUUCAGCUGCUGCUCCGGUGAAGAGAAGGAGAGAUUCUGAUGGGAGAUCAAACGGACCCGGGUCGGGUGACCCGGUUAGAAGAACGAACCGGGUCGAAGAGACGGUGGAGGUUUUGCCACAGAGAAUGGAUGAUGAUUUGGUCGCUAGAAAUUCGCAUAUCAAGUAUGGACUCAGAGAUACGCCUGGACUUGUUCCAAUUGGGUUCUACGGUGUGCAGCAGUACCUCUCCAUGUUAGGUUCACUGAUUCUUGUUCCGCUUGUUACUGUUCCUGCUAUGGGAGGUUCCCACGAGGACAUUGCAAAUGUGGUCUCGACCGUACUUUUUGUGUGUGGAAUCACUACUUUGUUGCAUACUUCGUUUGGAUCGAGGCUUCCUUUGAUUCAAGGCCCUUCUUUUGUUUUUCUUGCUCCGGUUUUGUCCAUCAUUAACUCCCCAGAGUUUCAAGGUCUUAAUGGAAAUAAUAACUUCAAGCAUAUCAUGAGAGAGCUGCAAGGUGCAAUCAUAAUUGGUUCGGCUUUUCAAGCAUUCCUUGGAUACAGUGGCUUAAUGUCGCUGAUUUUGAGGUUGAUCAAUCCAGUGGUUGUUGCUCCAACGAUAGCUGCGGUUGGACUUUCGUUUUACAGCUAUGGUUUCCCGCUUGUUGGUAAAUGUCUUGAGAUCGGUGUUGUGCAGAUACUACUCGUGGUCAUCUUUGCUCUUUACCUCCGGAAAAUCUCAGUUUUAAGCCAUAGGGUUUUCCUUAUCUAUGCUGUUCCAUUGAGUCUUGCAAUCACUUGGGGUGCGGCAUUCCUUUUAACCGAAGCAGGAGCUUACACCUACAAAGGUUGUGACCCAAACGUUCCCGUCUCAAACGUUGUAUCGAGUUACUGCAGAAAAUACAUGACCAGGAUGAAGUACUGCCGGGUUGAUACCUCCCAGGCGCUGAGAUCCGCACCUUGGUUUAGGUUUCCUUACCCAUUGCAAUGGGGUGUGCCGAUAUUCACCUGGAAAAUGUCUGUUGUCAUGUGUGUGGUCUCUAUAAUUGCUUCAGUAGAUUCGGUUGGUUCAUACCAUGCUUCUUCUCUGUUGGCAGCGUCGAUGCCUCCGACUCCUGGUGUUGUGAGUCGGGCGAUAGGCCUUGAAGGUUUCGCAAGCGUCUUAGCCGGUUUAUGGGGUACAGGUGCUGGCUCAACAACCUUAACCGAAAACGUUCACACCAUCGCUGUGGCGAAAAUGGGAAGCCGCAGAGUCGUUGAGUUAGGCGCUUGUGUUUUAGUUGUAUUAUCCCUUGUCGGUAAAGUUGGAGGGUUUAUCGCAUCGAUACCUCAAGUGAUGGUUGGUUCUCUUCUCUGCUUUAUGUGGGCGAUGUUUACAGCUUUAGGUCUUUCGAACUUGCGUUAUAGUGAAGCUGGAAGCUCGAGGAAUAUCAUAAUCGUCGGGUUGUCGUUGUUCUUUUCUCUCUCUGUACCAGCUUACUUCCAGCAGUAUGGCGUUUCUCCAAACUCGAACCUAUCUGUUCCAAGUUAUUAUCAACCUUACAUUGUUGCUUCUCAUGGACCCUUCAAAAGUCAAUAUAAAGGGGUGAACUAUGUGAUGAACACGCUCUUGUCGAUGAACAUGGUGAUUGCGUUUAUCAUGGCUGUGGUUUUGGAUAAUACUGUUCCGGGGAGCAAGCAAGAACGUGGGGUUUAUGUUUGGUCUGAUAGUGAGACUGUAACGAGAGAACCAGCUCUUGCUAAAGACUAUGAGCUGCCGUUUAGGGUUGGGAGGUUUUUCAGAUGGGUCAAAUGGGUUGGCAUUUGAAAGAAUUAACACAGUGGCUCAAAAGUGUGUAUAUAGAGGUCAGAUGAAGGAUUCUCUUUUCUUUUGUUUGUUAUUUUUAGUCUCUCAGUUUAUGUAACAUGGUGAAGUUUUCUUGGGUCCCAAGUUUGUCUAUGGGAGAGUUUUGUGGUUUAAAACAGGGAGUUGAUGUUGUAAGUUAUAUAGAUUAUUAUGAUCAAUCCUUUUGUAAUA